UGAAAGGAACCUAUAAAAUGUGACCACCAGAGAAAAAUUGAGAGUAUGUUAUUUCAAUUAUCGUACUGAAACACAAACAAUAUAUAUAUAAAUAUAAGAAAUGGCCGCCGCAGCGCCACCACCACCACCGUCCGCAACCCCAACUCCCGACACCACGUUACCAGAAAACCAGCUGAUCGGUAAUCCAAUGUUCACCCGAAUCCGGCUGGCCACCAAGUCCGACGUCCCACACAUCCACAAACUCAUCCACCAGCUGGCCGUCUUUGAGCGCCUCAACCACCACUGCGCCGCCACGGAAGCUUCCCUCUCCACCACCCUCUUCGACAACAACUCCGCCCCUCCUUUCCACUCCUUCACUGUCUUCCUCCUCGAAGUCUCCCCCAACCCCUUCCCUCCCAUCCCCACUAAUCCAUUCUUCACCCCAAUCCUCAAAACACUAAAUUUCGACCUCCCAAUUCAUGACCCAGAAUCCGAUUCUUUCAAAUCGAACCCUCAUGAGGAAAUUGCUGUUGCUGGGUUUGUUUUGUUUUUCCCCAAUUACUCGACAUUCUUGGCCAAGCCAGGAUUGUACGUGGAGGAUUUGUUCGUGAGGGACUGUUUUAGGAGGAAAGGGUUUGGGAAGAUGCUGUUGUCGGCGGUGGCGGCGCAGGCGGCGAAGAUGGGGUACGGGAGGGUGGAUUGGGUGGUGCUUGAUUGGAAUGUGAAUGCCAUCAAGUUCUACGAAGAAAUGGGGGCCCAGAUCUUGCAGGAGUGGAGAAUUUGUAGGUUGGCUGGUGAGGCACUUCAGGGUUUUGCUAAUUUUUAAUUGACAAUAAAAGAUAAAUCAUGGUGCUAUGAAAUUUGAAUUUUAUUGAUGAUGAAGAUCAACAGUAUUUAUGAGAGUGCGCGGCUUUGAAUAACUAUAAUAUAUAGUGAGCUAUUAUUAGAAAUUGAAUGGAAACAUUCUUAAACUUUUUUUAC